GUUAACAAUACAAUUAUUUUUUCAACGAUAUUAAUUUGUACUACUGUACAUUGUAAAAGUAAUAAUUUAUAUCGCCCUACACGGUAUGGCCGGUAGCGUACUUAUAGACAUAGAGGGUUUCGUGUGUUUUUUUUCAUUUAAGUCGUCACCGAGUUCUUUGAUUGUAGAAAAGCGUAUAUUACGUAUACGAUAAUAACUCAUACCAUAAAUAUGAUUCUCGUAUGUUAUACUGUUCGUAGAUAAAUGUAAAAUAAAUUGUUUAUUAUAAAUUCGAAUAAUUAAUAAUAGUUCGUAGGUUUUAUACGUCAGAACGGGAUUCGUGUAACAAAAAAAAAACCGUAAAUAGGUAGGUACUCAAUAGAUACUUGUCACAGCACGUCACACUAACGACGGCAUUGACCUAAUCACGGAAGGUUGUGAUAACGGUAUCGAGUGGUGUAAGGGUUUUGUGUAAGUAAUUUUUAAUAGUACAGGUGUUAGGAGUUGACCUCGCGUUCGGGGUCGUCAGAAAAAAAACGAAAGGCCGCGCCAAAAACAUGUCGCUGAUUAAUAACCGGAAGCGUACGAGCGGCAAAGUCGUGGUUAUUGGAAAAACUCAAUACUCGAAACGGACCGAAAUCGUUAUCAGCGAGCAGAAAGAAAACACAGCCGAAAACGUGAUAACAAAAGACGGCGUCGAGGUUAUCAGUUCGCGCGACGGUCUGGAUUUAUUGAUUUUUCCGCGGCGGUCUAGAUUCCGAGGCGCCGGUCCGUUCGAAGGCGGCGGCGGCGGUGAACCCCGGCCACCGCGCCACCUUUAUUGUGUGUGCACACACGGCGUUUGGCCUCGUUAUUCGCGUUCGCCCGGCGGUGUCGCGCGCGGGGGGUGUACCAUUGUUGUUGUUGUUGUCGUCGUCGUCGUCGUCACCGUGUCGGGUAGUCCAAGUGGUGGCCACGACCACGGGGUGUUUCAAAUAUUGUAUAACACGUCGUCAUCGAGCCGGUGGUCGCGAUCAUGCCGAAAAAGAAACCGAUACCGGUCGAAGAUCUGGUGGUUCCGCCGCAGGACACCCGAAUAUGCGGUACGAUAUGCGUAUGUCAGAUGACGGCCGUCUUGAGCAGCGUGGCCAUCGUUUACCUGACUGUGGCCAUAUACAUGCCUACCAUGCGGGAGUUCAAGUCGGGCAUAUCGGAGGACCCGGUGGUGUGCACCACCACCAGGAACGUGUCGUCGCAGAAGUGCGACUGGAGCUCGUGCAGCGAAUGGUGCCUGAGUAAGCCGUCCGGUGGCUGCGCGCAGAUCUACGUCAACAUCCGGCAAAACGGGUCGGCGCUGUUGUUGCACAACUGUUCGCACGUCGUCAAUAAGACGUGCUUCGGGUUCGACCCGGAAAAUGCCAAGCGGUACACGUGCAUCCGGGACGAGUGCAAGACGCUGACCGGUACGUUUAACUGCACCGACGGCGUGUGCAUAAACAUCACUGACGCGUUCCGGUGCGAGUUCCGCAACACGGAGCCACCGCUCAAGUGCAACGAGUAUCGAGGAAAGAUCACGUGCAUGUCCAUAGCGGGCCUGAACAGUUGCGCGCGGGGUGAGUGCAGCCGCAUCCUGGAGCCGUACAACUGCGACCGGCGGUGCGUAGACAUACCAACCCGGAACAAGAACGUGAUUGUGUUGAGCGGCGAUCGGACGUUCUUGGCGCGGUGCGACGCGGCCGCCCAUCUACCCGGUUACAUGGACGGCGACCCGUUACCGCGGGACGUCGACGACGGCGGCAGCACCGCCGGACGACAGCGGAUAUGGUCCGAGGAACAGGACGACGUGCUAAUCGCGUCGUGCAUGAGUGUGGUGUUGGGAGGAUCCGCCGGAGAUCUGCUGGCCACGGACUGCGUCAACGGGUCACUGCUACGGCAGGACGUGCUGGCCGACUUCGCCAACUUCUCGCAUUUGACCAACUUGAACGCGCAGAGCGACCGGCCUAUCGUACCUGGCGAUUUGGUGGCGCCUCGCGAACACAAACUGCUCAUCGCCAAAGACAGCCACCUGCACAUCAACCUGGAGGGUUGCGUGAACACGCUCCGCGGCGAGUGCGAUAUGUUCAUCCGACGAUACGGCAAGGACGGUUCUGACCACAACGCCCGCGCCCGGUUCCGGUGCUUCUACGCCACCGACAUACCUGAGCUGGCCGUCGUUCGGUUCGACCUGGGCCGCACGUACAAGGAGUUUCUGGUGGCGUCUGUGGUUCCGGUAGUCAUGCUCGUCAUAUCGUGCCUGACGCUCAUCCUUUGCCAACGGACGGUCGAAGUGGGCGACGACGCCAAGAUGCGAUUCAAGCGCAAAAGCAUCAGGACACUGUUCCCGCUGCACGACCGCGAGCUGGACAGCAUCGCGGGCCGCCGGCCGUCCACCGUUGACCUGGACAACACGUCCCUCUGAGAUUCGCUACGCAUUCCCCUCUUACAAGAUAGCCCUACUCGUCAGCAACAGAUGUAUUCGUUGCCAGACUACUAGAGCUUACAUUUCACCACGAUCCAGACGGCUUACAUUAAAAAAAUAAGCUUCGUACAUGACACAAAUCUGGAUCGGUGAGGGGAACGCGUGAUUGUUAAAACAUUUAAAAAAAAAUUGUUACUAGUGAGAUUAAAUUGUAUUCACUCGUUUAAAUAUAAUUCAUUGCAUCUCGGAAAUUUCGCACAUAAACAUACAUUUGUGACUUGACACAUCCUUACUGCGUCGCUAAUUUUUUUUAAAUAUAUAUUUUUUUUAUACACUCGAUGCCUAUCUAUACACACGAUAAUAUUAAAUAAUAAGCUUUAUAUAAUUCUAUAUAUAUAUGAGCGACAAAAUAUAUAUUUUGCUGUACUUUACAACAAUUAAAAGCAAUAGCACCAAAAGUAUGAUUAAUUAUUGUAUACAAACAGUAUAGGUGCGCGCAUAUACUUUAUAUAUAUGUAUUAUAUAAUGUUAUAUUUUAAGAUACCAUUUUGAAAUAAUAAAUUGUCCAAUAUUAAGUUUAUACUAAUUGUAAUUUAUAAUUGUAUUGUUAUAUUAUAUACGUUAAAUAUUGUUAUAAUGUAUACAAUAGUGCAUGUAUGUCCAAUAUGUAUACACAAUUAUUUUUAGCGGUACAACAUAAUUGAUUAUUAGUUAUAUGUAUAGUUUUAAAACGAUGCGCUUAUAGAUCAAGAUUUUCAAAUCUAUGCAUUGUAUAUUGUAUAUUAUUGUAUUAUUUACGUUGUCAUUUUUCUAUAAAAAAUCUCGCCGCUACCAACAAAAUUACGGUCUAGAAUAAUGUGAUUUGCACCAAUUUCGUACACGAGAUUAAACACGCAGGCUAUAUAAUAAUAUUGUUAAUAUUGAUAUUUCCUUUGACUUUUUUUAUGACGAACAUCUAAUAUAAAAAUAUAUAUAUAUUCAAUAUAAUUAUAUGUACGCAUAAUUUCUAUUGCUUAACAAUAGUGAAAUCGACGUAAAUUAUACUUAUAAAUAUACACGAUAAAUUAUUA